CGCCCCGCCGCCCCGGCGACAGAUUUUUUUAAAAAAUGGAUUUGACCAACCAUGGACUUAUUCUACUGCAGCAGUUAAACGCUCAGCGAGAGUUUGGGUUCCUGUGUGACUGCACGGUUGCAAUCGGCGAUGUGUACUUCAAGGCACACAAAUCAGUUCUUGCUUCAUUCUCCAAUUACUUUAAGAUGUUGUUUGUCCAUCAGACCAGUGAAUGUGUUCGCCUGAAACCCACUGACAUACAGCCUGACAUAUUCAGCUAUCUGCUCCACCUGAUGUACACCGGGAAGAUGGCCCCACAGCUGAUCGACCCUGUGCGGUUGGAGCAAGGGAUCAAAUUCCUGCACGCAUACCCCCUCAUCCAGGAAGCCAGCCUCGCCAGCCAAGGCACCUUUUCCCAUCCCGAGCAAGUCUUCCCGCUGGCCUCAUCCUUGUAUGGCAUUCAGAUCGCAGAUCACCAGCUCAGACAAGCCACCAAGAUGAAUUUAGGGCCUGAGAAACUUGGGCGGGAGCCAAGGCCCCAGCCACCCAGGAUGAACCAAGAGCCGGUGCCCGAGACCUCACAACUGACCCAGCUGACUGCGAACCUGGCACAGGUGAAUCGGACAAACGUGACUCCCGCGGACCCCCUGCAGACCUCGCUGUCACCCGAACUUGUCUCCACGCCUGUUCCUCCCCCUCCUCCUGGGGAGGAGACCAACCUGGAGGCCUCCUCCUCAGACGAGCAGCCGUCGUCCCUCACGAUCGCCCACGUGAAGCCAAGCAUCAUGAAGAGGAAUGGAAGCUUCCCCAAGUACUAUGCCUGCCACCUGUGCGGCCGGCGUUUCACGCUGCGCAGCAGCCUGCGGGAGCACCUGCAGAUCCACACCGGGGUGCCCUUCAUGGCGGGUCCGCCCGGGGAAGGCCGCGGGCCCCUGUCGCUCUGCAGCAAUGCGGCCGACCUGGGCAAGGAGGCUCUGGAAGUGCCCGAGGCGGGGAUGAUCAGCGAUAGUGAGCUGCAGCACAUCUCCGACUCCCCCAUCAUCGAUGGGCAGCAACAGUCGGAGACACCGCCGCCCUCGGACAUUGCAGACAUUGACAACCUGGAGCAGGCGGACCAGGAGCGAGAGGUGAAGAGACGCAAGUACGAGUGUACCAUCUGCGGCCGCAAGUUCAUCCAGAAAAGCCACUGGCGCGAGCACAUGUACAUCCACACGGGCAAACCCUUCAAGUGCAGCACCUGCGACAAGAGCUUCUGCAGGGCCAAUCAGGCCGCGCGCCACGUGUGCCUCAACCAGAGCAUCGACACGUACACCAUGGUGGACAAGCAGACCCUGGAGCUCUGCACCUUCGAGGAGGGCAGCCAGAUGGACAACAUGCUGGUGCAGGCCAAUAAGCCCUACAAGUGUAACCUGUGCGACAAGACAUUCUCCACCCCCAACGAGGUGGUCAAACACUCCUGCCAGAACCAGAACUCGGACGUGUUUGCCCUGGACGAGGGCCGCUCGGUCCUCCUGGGCAGUGGGGACUCGGAAGUAACAGAAUCCGACCGUCCUGUGUUAGCGUCCAUCAAAAAGGAACAGGAAACUGUAUUACUAGACUGAAUGUGACUUGUCUUUUUAAAAACUGUCAUUUUUACACAGACCCUCCCUCCCCCCUCCAAUUCGGGACAGUUUCUCCAUGGCAUGAUACAAAGGGGCCCACUCCUUUCCUGUCCCCUUCUCCAGCCCCAUCCCCGUAAGGCUUUGUGCAUUAUAACCCUGGACUCUAUUUACUUUAAUUCAGGGGAUAUUGGAUGGAUAAUGGUCAGUAGGAUUUAUAAAGAAAUAGGUUUUGAGAAGUUUUAGAUUAUUUUAAAAACCUACUUGGAAAUAAUUAAGAGUAUAUAAUAAAACAACUAGAAUAUAAUUUGGUAAGCUAAAAUUAUGACUGUCCCUGGGUAAUAAGUCUUCCUUCUCAAAGAAACAAAGUCGGAAACUACAGCAUGCUUCUUAGAGAUAAAGCUGGGCUCUGCUAUGCAAAUCUAGAAGGUGUGGGGAAACUUGAAACCCAAGAAAAUGUUUUUACUAUUUGCCCUCCGGGUGUCUGAUUUCCAAGUGUAUCCUUUUGAGAUUAUGUCCAGUUAAGGAAAAUCACUAGUUAGGAAACCGACAAAAUGCAAAGGUGUAAUAAUGUGAUGGCAAUCUUCAUUUUUGGAUCAAACCUGACGGGCUGUGAGUUUGUAUGUGAGCGGACACGUGGGCACUUGCUACACACAGGAGAACUGAGGCGCAUGCCUUACCCGACGCUGGCCUCGUUCCAAGAGGACCAAGAAGAUGCUGGGUUUUGGUUUCUGACAAGCUUGUUUGAGAAUCCGAUCUGAAAGCACGAUUCUGUAGUAUGUCUUUCCGAACAGCCAAUGCCAGGCCAUUUCCUAGCAGUUGCCAGCUGUGAGCGAGCGGGUCAGCCCCAGCCAGCUGCCUGUAAAGUCAGUGUGUGUAUGCUGCCAGGAAAGGGCUGUAGAAAUGCGCAUCUUACAAGGGAAGUUGUGAGUGGAAAGAGUAACUAAUGAGCCUAAAAGUUGAUGCUGACAGGCUUCAUGGUGCCCCUCUGUGACCCCAUCGCUAGGAGAGGGGUAGAGGUAGGGUGAAGGCAGGAGAAUUGGGAAUUUGAGGCCAGUCUGGGCUACAUAGAGACCUUGCUUUAAAAAAAAAAAAAAAUGCAGUGCCCAUAGUUCACUGGUGACAUCUACUAAAGCAUCAAAAAAUAACCAAGAGAAAUCAGGAUGAAAAAAAAAAAAAAAAUCCUUCUUGGAGGAAAAGAAAAACCAAUUGAUUUUGACAUGUAUCCUCCAAUUUUUGUUAACACCUGAAAUUUUCCCCACUGGCCUAACAGCAUUAAAAGUUGUCCAUUAAUCUUCCCUUGGGCCAAUAAGAAAAUGGUCUUACAGGAUGCAGCAGGAGCCAGAAGCGAGGGCUAAGGGGUGAGGGGUGGGGAUAGUGCGUAGCUAUACCGUACGUGUAUGUUAGAAACUGAACAUCCCAUCACCCUCUUCUAUGUAUAGCUGAGUUCUCAGAUUUGUAAGUUUUUAUACAUCCUUUCAUUAAAUAAACAUUUAAUUAAAUGGG